AUGGAUAAGUCUCAAUCUCUCACAUCGCCACCUUAUUUUGAUGGAAACAACUAUGCUUAUUGGAAAGUUCGAAUGAGAGCUUUUCUAAAAUCUGUGGAUGAACGAGUGUGGGUUUCUAUAACAAAGGGAUGGAGAGAACCAGUCACUAUUAUUGAAGGAGUUCAAACUCCCAAAGGUGUGGAUAAUUACUCUAGGGAGGAAAUUAGUGAGUGUGGUUGGAAUAGCAAAGGCCUGAAUGCGAUUUUCAUGGCCGUGUCCCAGGAGGAGUUCAAGCGAAUCUCCAUGUGUGAGAAUUGCAAAGAAGCUUGGGACAUUCUUGAGGUCACCCAUGAGGGUACCAAGGCUGUAAAGAAUUCUAAACUUCAAAUGCUGACCACAAGUUUUGAAGAACUUAGAAUGAAGGAUGAUGAAACCUUCGAUGCCUUUUAUGCCAAACUAAAUGAUGUUGUCAAUUCUCGUUUUAAUCUAGGGGACAGAAUUCCUGAGAACAGAAUUGUGAGAAAAGUUCUCAGAUCACUCCCUGAGAGGUUUCUUCCUAAAGUUACUGCUAUUGAAGAAAGCAAAGAUCUAGACAGUAUGAGAAUUGAAGAAUUGGUAGGCUCUUUACAAACAUAUGAACACACUUUUCCUGUGGAUAAGAAACACAAGUCCAUAGCCCUCAAUACCAUUAGAGAAGAGUCAGAUGAGUCAUCCGAUGAGUCAGCUAUGAAUGACAGAGAAAUAGCAUUUUAUGUUAAGAAGUUCAGGAAAAUGUUUGUGGCUAGAAACAAUAAGAACCAGAGGCCAGAGAAGAAAAAGUUUGAAAGAUAUAAUAGAGGCUCAAGUUCAGGGAACAAAGAGAGAAGCACUGAGAAAUACACUAGAACAAAUAAAGACAAGGUACAAUCAAGGGUGCAGUGUCAUGAAUGUCAUGGAUUUGGACACAUUCGUCUGGAAUGUGCAAAUUACAAAAAGGCAAAAGAAAAAGCUAAGAUUGCAUCUCUAAGUGAGAGUGAAUCAGAGUCGAGUGAAUCAUCAGAUAACUCUUCUCCAAAAAGAAAUCUUAACUACAUGGCAUUCACUACCUCUGUCAGCAACAAAAGUCAAUGUAGUGAAUCAGUGUCUGAUGAUAGGAGCAUAUCUGGAAAUGAAUCUGGGUAUGAAGAUCAGUUGCAAAAAGUCUACGAGAAGCUGUACAAUGAAUGUGUUAAAUUGAGAAAGCGCAACAAAGCGCACAUUGAGGAGAUAGACUUCAGCAAACGAGAAAAUGAAGAGCUUCAAAGCAAAUUAAAUGAAGCCAUUGGUUUAAUUGAUCAGAAAGAAAAGCUGGAUGAAAUCCUGGAGUCAGGAAAGCCUCCUGGUGACAAGAGUGGACUAGGAUAUAAUACAGAGAAAUCUGAUGCAGCUACUACCUCAAAAGUCUCCUAUAAGAAUGAGAGGAAAACUGUGUUUGUUCGUGAGUCAAUUGCAAAAGGGAAUGCUAACCCAUCUGACAAGGGUAAGAAAUCUUCUCAUGUAAAUAUGGGUGUUCAGUCUCAUGAUAAGUCAAGAGUUCGAAAUACAAGUCCUGUGUGUCGCCACUGUGGUAAGAUUGGUCAUGUUGUAGGAGACUGUUUUAAAUUGAAGAGAUACACCAUGUAUGAUCAUACACGCUCUCAAAGUAGAAGUGUGUACUCACCAAAAAUGGAUAAAAAUCCCAUAACUGCUCCUAAGUAUGCCUCAUUCUUCAGGGGACAAAGAGAUCGCAAGGAGAAUUAUGUGUGCCAUAAUUGUGGUAAGUUUGGUCACAUUCGACCAAACUGCUAUGAGCUUAGGAGGAAUCCUAUGAGAGAUGGAAAUAGUAAAUCAAGAAGAGAGCAUUUGAAUCUUUGGAGUCAAGUCAGGGCCCUAACCAGACAAAAUGAGAUGCUCAAUGUCAAGAUAGACCAACUGUCAACUAGCAAAAAGGACAUCUCUCCAAAAGUUAGAAAAAUGUGGGUCAGAACUGGAAAAAUACACACUUGCCAUGUGGCACACAUUGCUCUAAAGACCAGAGACACCUACAUGUGGUACCUUGAUAGCGGAUGUUCUCGCCACAUGUCAGGUGAUAAAAGUCUAUUUAAAACAGUUGAAGAGUACAAGCGUGGAACAGUAACAUUUGGAGAUGGCGGUAAAGCUGAUAUAAUAGGAAGGGGUGAAAUUGAAAUACCUGGACUGCCCAUCUUGAGAGAAGUCCUAUUUGUUGAUGGAUUAAAAGCCAAUCUCCUCAGUAUAAGCCAAAUGUGUGACAAUGGUGCAGAAGUCCGUUUUUCAAAAGAUAUGUGUAUUGUUUCAGAUAAUAAUUGA